AUGCACCAAGAGGCUAUUCAAGGCAAACUAUGGCCGCUCAAAUACAGUGCUCGCGAGCGAAAAUUUUCGUAUUUCUAUGGUACCGACCUCCAUGUGUCGAUGGAAGUUAUGCCUUUGACUUGUGCAGUGAAGCCAUCGUCCAACGUGAUCCUGUUGUAUUCUCUGACGCGUUUUUGCGCUAGCAAAAAUGAACCGAAAGGUUGUCCAAGUGACUCUGCUACAGACGAACUGCCAGGUAACUUGUCACAGUGGUCCAUCAAGGCUCGGUUCAAUCUUAUCAGUCAACCUCCAGAAGAUACCGAUCCCACGGCAAAUCAAGAAUCCGACCGAGUAGUGCUAGGCCCCCCUUUCGACCAUCCGAUCGGCUCCCUCAUACUUCCCCAAGUGGUCGACCUGAAUUGGCGGCACGCUCAGCAGCUUGGCAAUGCAGGUGUCUACUCAGUCGCCUUUGAGAACGCCCUCGUUCCGAGCCAGCUGACGAUCGACGCUAGCAUUGUUAUGAAGUACGGCAUGCAUGCGUGCAUCCACGCCGAGAACGUGAAGAGAUUGGGCGGAAUGGUCAUCAGCCUCGCCUCAGGGUGUAUUUCAUGA